CUCUCUCUCUCUCUCUCUCUCUCUCUCUCUCUCUCUCUCUCCCCUCUCUCUCUCUCUCUCUCUCUCUCUCUCUCUCUCUCUCUCUCUCUCUCUCUCUCUCUCUCUCUCUCUCUCUCUCUCUCUCUCUCUCUCUCUCUCUCUCUCUCUCUCUCUAGGCAAUGCCGCUGUGGUGAAGCCAUCUGAGCUGAGUGAAUACUCAGCUAGUCUCCUCAAAGCUCUGCUCCCACGAUAUCUGGACCAGGAGCUGUACCCUGUAGUGUGUGGGGGUGUCUCAGAGACCCAGGAGUUGCUGCGUCAGCGUUUCGACCACAUCUUCUACACAGGGAACAGCACUGUGGGUAAACUGGUGAUGGAAGCCGCAGCCCGACACCUCACCCCUGUGACCCUGGAGCUGGGGGGGAAGAGCCCCUGUUACAUCGAUAAGGACGUCGACCUCAGAGUUGCGUGCCGGCGUAUCACGUGGGGGAAGUUUGUGAACUGUGGUCAGACGUGCAUCGCCCCAGACUACAUCCUGUGUGAACCCAGCAUCCAGAACAGAGUGGUGGAGGGCAUCCGGCAGACACUACUGGAGUUCUAUGGGCCCGACCCCAAAUCCUCCCCUGACUAUGGCCGCAUCAUCAACCAGCGCCACUUCAACCGCGUAAUGGCUCUACUGGAUGGCUACACAGCGGAGCUAGGGGGCCAGAGUGACUCAUCACAGCGCUACAUUGCCCCCACGGUGGUGAAGGACGUGCCCCCCCAUGCUAGGCUGAUGCAGGAGGAGAUCUUCGGCCCUCUGUUGCCCAUAGUGACCGUCAGCGACAUAGAUGACGCCAUCCACUUCAUCAGCGAGAGAGAGAAGCCCCUGGCGAUCUACGUCUUCUCCUCCAACAAGAAGGUGAUAAAGCGAAUGCUGGCUGAGACUACCAGUGGCGGGGUGACAGUCAACGACGUUAUGAUGCACUACACCCUCAACUCUCUGCCCUUCGGGGGUGUAGGUCAGAGUGGAACAGGCAGGUAUCAUGGGAAACACACCUUUGACCAGUUCAGCCACCAUCGGGCGUGUCUGGUCAAGUCCCUGGGCAUGGAGGAGGUCAACAUGGUGCGGUAUCCACCCCAGAACCGCCAGAAGGCUCGCAGGGUCAGGCUGACCAUGAGGACCCCACUGGUCGACUUCUCUAGGAAAACCUACAUCUGGGCCGUGACGGCCACAGUCUUUGCUUUCGGUCUCUUGGUCACCUUGACUGCCAUCCUGCUAAUUGCUGGUGGCCUGAACUGCACCUGUUGGAGGGUCUGGCAAAUCUGGCGCUAGUCUGUACCUGUUGGAGGGUCUGGCAAAUCUGGCGCUAGUCUGUACCUGUUGGAGGGUCUGGCAAAUCUGGCGCUAGUCUGUACCUGCAUUGGCCGACGUACACUAACGUUCAGAAGUUUGGGGUCACUUAGA